AUGAAGUCAAAGCCAUAUCCUCAGCCAGCUGCUGGCUUCGAGAGUCAUAUUCCGUUUUGGCGUACGUCACCCCAUGAACUGGAUGCUCACAGAUCCACGCCUGAUUUACCAUCUGAGUGUGACAUCUUGAUCAUUGGUGGAGGGUACUCUGGUGCUUCUGUUGCAUAUCAUAUAUUCCAGGGGAAUGAGACACCACCAAACACGGUCCUGCUGGAGGCUAGACAGCUAUGCUCUGGGGCGACAGGAAGAAAUGGUGGUCAUAUUCGACCUGAAAUGUACGGCCAUGCAUCUAGAUUCAUUUCUCGCCAUGGUGUCGAAGCAACAGCUGAAAUAGUCAAAUACGAAAUAUCCCAUCUCCGGAUCAUAGCAGAUGUGAUUGAACGAGAGAAGAUAGAUUGUGAUUUUACCUUGACUAGAUCACUAGAUGUCUAUUUUGAUAAAGACGUGAUGGACAAAGUCCUUCGGGGUGUUGAACCCUUACUAUCUGACUCUUAUCAACAGGGGAAAUAUGCUUUUAUGAAGGACGCUGUGAUUCGAUUUCCCACAGCAGAGCAACCUUUAUCGGAGGAUGAUCUCAAAGAAACUAAAGUGAAGGGAGCAAAAGGUUACGUCUCUUUCCAAGCAGGCCAUAUCUGGCCGUAUAAAUUUAUAUCCGGGUUGUUGGAAAUUGCUGUCUCCAAGGGAUUGAAUCUUCAAACAAACACCCUAGUGCUGGAAAUCAGUCCCAGCCGUGAUGUAGAAGGAUUCUGGAAGGUCACAACUGGUAAUAAUAGAGGGAGUAUACGUGCAAAGAAGCUUAUUUUAGCGUCGAAUGCGUAUACCUCUGCAUUGGCUCCAGAGUACGUAAAGGCAAUUAUUCCCUGCAAAGGUCUAUGCUGCCAUAUCGUGGUACCUUCUGCGGCAGAUGAGAAGAAAAGACCACCCCCCCUAGAAAACACAUAUGUUACUCGUCAUGGUUCUGGAGCAGGAGGAUACCUCAUUCCACGCCCCGACGGGAGUAUGAUCGUUGGCGGAGCAAGCCAUACGUUUACUCCCUUGCUGGAGCAAUGGCAUAACAAUCCGGAUGAUGGGGUCUUGAUAGAUAUUGCUAAGGAGUAUUUUGAUGGGUAUAUGCAACGGACCUUCGUCGGCUGGGAAGAUAGUGGUGCAUAUUCUAAGGAAGUUUGGACUGGUGUAAUGGGUUAUUCCGCAGAUUCCUUGCCCCAUAUUGGCAGAGUACCCUCAAAAGAUGGCCAGCUGAUUCUUGCUGGGUUCAAUGGUCAUGGAAUGCCAGUAUGUUUCUUAGCAGCAAAGGCGGUUGCGGCGAUGGCUUUGGAUGAUAGCGUCGCCUUUGAAGACACAGGCUUGCCUCGGGUUUAUAAGACAACUGUUGAUCGCUUACAACCGAAGUAUAAUGAUACUCUACAACCGUGA